UAUGGCUAGAAAGAAUUAGUACAAGGGUAAGUUGAGCAAGGUUAGUACAGAAGUUGUGAGCCAUAGAAAAAGAAGUCUUUGGGUCUAACAAUUUUGUUUCCCUCCUGGUUGCAGGUAGAAGACAAAAAAUGGUUUGGCUACUAGGGCUACUUUUCUUAGGGGAAAUUAUUUCAUACUAGUAACACAAUGUGUUAUUUGUGUUGAAUCAAGAACACAGACAAAAUAAUACACCAGAGUUCAAGUAAUUUGUUAGAUGAUUUCAAGUGGAGAAGAUACUAUAAGUACAUUUUAGUGCAACAGAGGAAACAUUUGUACUCCUGUUCUUGUACAACAACUACAAGUUGUGGAAUAAUUUUGGGAAUAGAAAGACAACAGAAAAAUAAUUGGAUAAGAGUCUUUUUGACAAUGCUGAAGAAUUGUUGGGCAUGGCAGUACAAUUAGUUAACUUCUUAUGGCUGAUAUUAUUAGUUGAGAAACAACAAACAACAACUGGAGCUACUAGAAUAAUAUUAAAUGUGGUACUGCAGGUUUAUUGAAAAUUAGAGAGAGUUUUUGCACGUCAGGAAAAAAUUAGGAACUAAGAACAUAGGAAUCCAGAAGUGGUGUCAGAACAGAAUUUUAUAGAGAUAUCAAAUUAUUUGUCAUCAGGAUAAUGUUGCUGGAAGCAUCACAGGGGAAUAGGAUUAAUUUGUUUUGCUUUUUUAAGUGUUCUUCAGAAACUUGCUGGAAUGAUGGUUAACUACUAGUAUCUUCUUGUAAAUGCUGCUGAUGAAGAAAAAACAUACUAGUAAGAAGAACCUCUCUUAAAUUGAGCUUGAAAUUCAUGCUGAGAAAUGUGUGGUGCAAGAACAUGCUCCAGGGAAAAGUGCCCUGAGUUUCCUCAUGUUCAUGAAUCACAAAAUGCCCGCCAUUUUGUUUUGGUCCACGUAGGAAAAAGGAAACAACUCUAUAAUAUUGGUUAGUACUAGUAGUAGUAGUAGUAGUAGUAGUAGUAGUAGUAGUAGUAGUAGUAGUAGUAGUAGUAGUAGUAGUAGUAGUAGUAGUAGUACUAGUAGUAGUAGUAGUAGUAGUAGUAGUAGUAGUAGUAGUAGUAGUAGUAGUAGUACUAGUACUAGUACUAGUACUAGUAGUAGUAGUAGUACUAGUACUAGUAGUACUAGUAGUAGUGUGAUGCUCUUCUUUUACGAUUAUCAGACUAGUAGUAACUGACCUGCAGGAGCCAGCAUCAAGAGCCAAAUCCUAUUCACCACCUGCUUUACUAGUACUACUAGUAGUAGUACUAUUCUUACCAGUACUACUACGUUGAGAACAACAACAACAACAAGAAGAAGCAGCAGGAGGAGAUUAAAGGUUUCUGGCAGCACCACCAGGAGCCUCCUCCUCCUUCUUCUUGUUGUUGUUGUUCUUAGUACUAGUACUAGUAGUAGUAGUAGUAGUAGUUACGCACUUGACUUACUUCUUGUUGUUCUUGUUGUUGCUUGUAAACAGCAGUCAAGAGAAUUUAUGCUAAAUUUCAACUGUUACUACUACUACUAGUGGUAAGAAGAGGACAAAAAGAAAUGGCAAUAACAUGGAUUUUGAUUCAUUUGACUUUGCCUUUGCAGAAGCAAUAAUCAAGAAGAACCACUAAUAGUACUGGCUGGUGCUAGUAGAAAUUGAAAGAGAUGUCUUUCCCUCUAAAGGUGCCUUCGGUUUUCACAGUAGCACGUACCGUACUUUAGAAACGACAUAGUACUCUUGUGAGUAAAGCAGGAAAAUAUCGAAACAAAAACAUCAACCAAGUUCGUUUGCCGUCUCCCAUUUAUUCUAUCCGUGGAGACAAUUUUUGACAUGUUCCGAUGGAAUUACGGACACAAAAGAUCGAAUAGCGCACAAUAUUCACACAUCAAAUCUAUACAGCUUCAAAAACUGAUCAUACCUGCAGCGUCAACCAUCAAUUAUGCCUCAACCAGCUUCUGCCAUCGUAGAACCACGCCUUGCCUGCCGGUCGGACCGGAAGGAAGAUCCCAUCGAAUGCAGUUUGCACACGUUGCCGAAACCCCUGAUGAGAGAAUUCCAGCAUGUUUUCGGUGAUAAAUAUCUCAGAAACGACGACGGGGAUGAUGAGAUGAGGGGAAUCGGUGACGUUUCGUCGGCAUCGGCAUCGACAUCGACGUUGUCGGCCGAACUGUUGGCAAUCCCCACCAAUCAGCACGCUCGGCACGAUUUGGUAGCUAUUGGAGACCACAUUGAAGCCGAAAAGGAUCGGUUGUUGAAUUGCGUACGUAUUAUAUUGCAAUGUAUGUAACGUUGUGGACAUGCUCAUGGAAACAUUGGUGAUCUUUCCAACCAUUUACAAACAGCAUGCGUUUCAAUUGAAUUAAAUAACGUGCUUACGGAUUUUCUCUGUCGAUUUUUUAAACCAAGUUUUUGGAAUUUGGAGAAGAAGUGUGCUCCAAGAUUCAGCAAGCAGGCUACUGGGCUGACUAUAUCGAUCCAUGCUCCGGCCUUCCCAUGCUGACAAAAAAUUGCAACAAGGUGUAUUCUGAGGUGGAUGGGAUGGAGUGCUUGUUGAAUUACAGGGCAUACAAUGCUGGCUUUUGCAAGGUGCUGACGCAUCCAAGGUGGGGAAGUGCAGUAUACCCGGCAACUAUCUUUUGCUACGCUCCGAGGGAUGUUGUCGCUCAGAUACUUAAUGCACAUUAUAUACAAUAAGAAUGAUUCAAGAAUUGAACCACAUCAGCAUUUUU